AUGAGUGAUUAUCAUGAAGCCAAAACCCUGGCGCUCAGUGCACAACUUGCAGGCAGCCCAACAGGAAUCUACAGGAAGCCUUUCCUCUUGGCCUUACAACCUCCCCUGGUGAAUUUAGGAGAGAAGGUGACACUGGAAUGUCGAUCAGAGAUUAUGUUUGACACCUUCAUUUUGACUUCCUAUAAAAAUGGAACAAUCAAGGACUCUUUCAAACUUUCUGCAGAACAUCAUCGUUGGAAUUUCAAGGCCAAAUUCUCAAUAGGUCCUGUGACACCUGACCAUGCUGGAACUUACAAAUGCUAUGGUUCUUACAAUCACUCACCAUAUGAGUGGUCAGACUCUAGUGACCCCAUUGAUAUAAAGAUCACAGGUUUAUACAAGAAACCUUUUCUGUCAGCUCUGAUGGGUCCUGUGGUGAUGUCAGGAGAGAACAUGACCUUGUCCUGUGUCUCUGACCUUCAGUUUGACAUGUUCCAUCUGUCCAGGGAAAAGGUACCCAAGAAACAUGGGCUGCCUUCAGUGAAGAGCCACAAUGGAACAUUCCAAGCCAACUUCCAUCUUGGUCCUAUGGUCCAGGCUGGGUACUAUAGAUGCUAUGGCUCUUUCAGGAACUCUUCCCAUUUGUGGUCAACCCCAAGUGACCCUUUGUACCUUCCUGUCACAGGCCUCUUCCUAGUCCUCAGGACAUUGGCACAAGCAGGAUAUCAUGACAAGCCUUCACUCUCAGCCUGGCCAAGCCAUGUUGUUCCUUUGGGACAGCAUGUGGAACUUCGAUGUGAAUCUCCUAGUGACUAUUACACAUUCAAGUUGUACAAAGAACUUGGUAAUCCUAUCCCUCACAUCCAGGGAAGACCAUUCCAGAAGAAAUUUGUCUUUGGACCUGUGACAUCAGAACAUGCAGGGACAUACAGAUGCUAUGGUUUCAAUGAUAAUUACCCUAUUAAAAUUUCAGCCAACAGUGACCCUGUGAAGAUCAUAAUUUCAGGAGUCUACAGGAAGCCUUUCCUCGUGGCCUUACAACCUCCCCUGGUGGAUUUAGGAGAGAAGGUGACACUGGAGUGUCGUUCAGAGAUUAUGUUUGAAACCUUCAUUUUGACUUCACAUAAAACUGGAACAAUCAAAGACUCUUUCGAGCUUUCUGCAGAACUUUUUCAUGGAGGUUCCCACGCCAACUUCUCAAUAGGUCCUGUGACACCUGAUGAUGCUGGGACAUACACAUGCUAUGGUUCCUUCAAUCACUCUCCAUAUGAGUGGUCUGAAUCCAGUGACCCCAUUGACAUAAAGAUCACAGGUUUAUACAAGAAACCUUCUCUGUCAGCCCUGAUGGGUCCUGUGGUGAUGUCAGGAGAGAUCAUGACUUUGUCCUGUGUCUCUGACCUUCAGUUUGACAUGUUCCAUCUGUCCUGGGAAGGGGUACCCAAGGAACAUGGGCUGCCUUCAAUCCUGAACCACAAUUGGACAUUCCAGGCCAACUUCCAUCUUGGUCCUGUGUUCAAUGCAGGGAACUAUAGAUGCUAUGGCUCUUUCAGGAACUCUUGUCAUGUGUGGUCAACCCCAAGUGACCCCUUGUACAUUCUUGUCACAG